GAGAGAUAGAUAGAUAUCAUACGCUUACAUUCCGCAAGAGAGUAUAGACUAAGUAUCUCGUGAGACGCUCUCUGUCUUUCUAUCCCGGGGAAAAACGCGAGUGUGAGUGCGGUCUGCGUGUGUACGUGCAGUAUUUUUCUCUCGGUCCCUCUUCCUCUUUCUCAAAGCGUAUAUUCUUUGUACCUCUCGCGGGAGGGCAAAUUCACGUGAAAGGUUGCGCUCUAACAAAAAGGUGGCCGUGUAUUAACUGACAACAAGGAGGGGUUUGGUCACGAUUUCUACACUGCUCCAAAGGAAUUUGUACAUAAUUUAUUUGAAGAAUUUAGAUCUGUAAAGGUGUAGCUUGUUUGUCUUUCUUUAUUGACAAGAACCAAACAACAAACAGAAUGUCAGUAUUGAAUCAGAGCGGAGAUGAAGUGGUGGAGUGUCCGCUAUGUAUGGAACCACUGGAGGUGGAUGACCUGAACUUUUUUCCAUGUACCUGUGGCUAUCAAAUUUGCCGUUUCUGCUGGCAUAGGAUUCGAACGGAUGAAAAUGGUUUGUGUCCAGCUUGCCGCAAGGCCUACUCUGAAAAUCCUGCUGACUUCAAACCUCUUUCCAAGGAAGAGAUCUCCAGGCUGAAGGCAGAGAAGAGAUUGAAAGAUCAGCAGAGAAAGCAGCGUGUUACUGAAAAUCGUAAACACCUUGCAAAUGUCAGAGUAGUGCAGAAAAACCUUGUUUUCGUCGUUGGAUUACCAAUGAGACUAGCAGAUGCCGAUGUUCUAAAGAAGCACGAGUAUUUUGGAAAAUUUGGAAAGAUACACAAAGUGGUGAUUAAUCAGAGUACUUCUUAUGCAGGUUCUCAGGGUCCUAGUGCGUCAGCCUAUGUGACAUACCAGCGUUCUGAAGAUGCAUUACGAGCAAUAGAAGCAGUGAAUAAUAUAGUUGUGGAUGGUCGGACAGUAAAAACAUCUUUAGGUACCACAAAGUAUUGCUCGCAUUUUAUGCGAAAUCAGAGCUGUCCAAAGCCCGAUUGUAUGUAUUUACAUGAUCUUGGAGAUCAAGAAGCGUCGUUCACUAAGGAGGAAAUGCACCAGGGAAAACAUCAAGAUUACGAAAGGAAACUCGUGCAAUCUUUACACAUCAAUACCACGCAACGGAAGCCAACACCAUCACCGCCGGUUACUGGAGGUGGUACGCGAGAAAAUGGAUCGAAUUCACAAGCAAAAGAAGCUUGGCCGUCGUUACAACCAGGUCAAAUGAAAGACCUACCAUCAAAUUGUAAAGAAUCCUCGCCGCCGACGUCACUGCCCAACAAUCAAGUAACAAACGAGCAAGAGAAGGUGAUGAAUAGUACUGCGGCGACAGCAUCGACGAGGCAACAGAAUAAUAAUAAUAAUAAGGGCGAAGGUUCACGAAGAGGAAAAUGUAAUAGCGAGAGCAAGGCACAGGCGGCUAGAAACAAGCACAAGAAUUCGCAGAAUAAAGAGAAACACGGUAGUAAUACGCGGACAACGUCACGGUCGGAAUCAAAUGGCAAUAUCAAGGAGGACGCAGACAAGUCGAGCUCGGCAAGAUUGAAAAGUGAGAAAACGAAAUUGGCUCAACAAGUGCAAGAGAUGAAGAUCAACGGAGUAGUCCAGCAAAACGGCGAGUCACAAGUACUUUCGGAGAGUAGCGAGUCAGAGAUGCAGAGGGAAGGAAGCACGCCGGCGAGUACGAUUUCGAGCUCAGAGGAAUCAACCUCAAUGUUGUUGCAUCCAUCGGAUCGUUUGUUAGCUGAAUCCGCUGAAGAGACCGCUGUCCUAGGUUCAUCGCCAUCAAGUAGGAAUUCGUCUAUGAGUCAGCAGCAUCUACAGCAGCAACCACCCCCAGGCUUACAUUCCACGAGUAAUAAAAACGGGCCGUCGACGACGACGCAGCAACCGCCACCAACGCCAACAAUCAAUCAUCGCUCGAUCUUCGGACAGUCGGAUAACAAUAGUUUCUUCAGCUCUAAUACCUUUCAGAAAAUUCCUACGAGCGCAACUGUGUCCAGUACAUCGAGCACGCAGCCAGCGAGCACAGGGGUCGACUGGACGAAUACGGGAAUUGCGCCGUUGUCAGACUCGCUGCCCACGGUGCAUUCGAGCGAGGACUGGCAGGCAGCAUUUGGCUUCCAUCAGACGAAUAACAACAACAGCAAUAACCUUUCGUCGCCAAAGUCGUCGCCGUCGCCAACGCCGCGGAUAUCCUUCAGUAACGAGGAUUUUCUCGAUAUCGAGGAUGUGGCCGGCUUCGCGGAAAACAGCAGCGGCAACAGCAUCGCCAACAGUCUGUUGCAAAACGCGCCCACCUCCAAAUUCAUGGCCGACUUUCAGCAUAAUCCCCUACAACAGAGGUUAUCCAUGCAGACGACACAGAACUCCGAUAGCAGUGAUCACCUAAAGCAGAACGGACACGCGACACUAAACGAGUUACAAAAGCAGCAGGAGCAUCAGCAAAGUACAGCAGAAACGUUGAAAGCGGACGACGACCUAGGCUUCGAUCCCUUCCACGAAACGCAAAAAGCACUGGCAGAGUUAAUGGAAAACGAGGUGCAAAUACAGCAGCAAAGGCUCUUCCAAUAUCAACAACAGCAGCAGCAACGCGAGAGGGAAGAACAGACGAGGGUUCAACACCAGCAACAGCAGCAACAGCAACAGCAGCAGCAGCAGCAGCAGCAACAGCAACAGCAGCAGCAGCAGCAGCAACAGCAGCAGCAACAGCAGCAGCAGCAGCAACAGCAGCAGCAGCAACAGCAGCAGCAGCAACAGCAGCAGCAGCAGCAGAAUCCCGUUGGUCUUGGAACUCAUCAUUUCACGCCGGUCUCACACUUAGCGCACUUGCAGCAAGCACAGCAUUUGCAAAACUUGCAGGUCUUACAGCAGCAGCAGCAACAAUCGCAUUCGCUUCUAUCAAGGUUACCACAAACAUUGCUCCAACAAAACGGAGGUGCUCAGAGCCCGGUAACCGUAGCAAGUCUAGGACAAAGAAGCAGGGGAUUGCCACCACCCGGCUUCCCUAGUUCCACGCCCAACCACAUGAACUCCUUCGGACUUGGUAUACCACGACCUGCGCCCAACGCCACUAACACUCUCACAGAUUUACUUACUGGUAGUAAAAUAUUACCAUUCGUGACUCAUUCGUCCGGGGUCUUGUUCACCGGUGGCCAGCAGGCUUCGCAACAGACGUCGUUUCUCCAGAACCAAAACCUCCUCCUUAGCUCUCAAGGUGUUGGCAAGUGCGCUAGCGAUGCAAUUUUCGCAUUGAAAGAUUGGUGCGACAUGAGUUCCCAGCAACAACAGCAGCAACAAUUCCAUCAUCAAGCACUAUAUCAGAAAAGCGGUUGGAACAACUUCGGCUCGAUCUCGGACUUGAACCCGGUCGAUCCUGCCAUUGUGAGUUCCCGGCUACUUCCAUUCCAGAGCACCACGAGCACAUGGCAAUUCCCUCACGCGCACCCCUCACAUACCCAGCAGGUCGAUCCUUUUCAGGAGCAGAGUACACCCGCGGCGCAACACUGGGCGAUGCAACCACCACCGGGCUUUGCUGCUUCGUCGCCUAGUGUCCCUCUCAACGUCCAACAGUCCAGUGCAGCUGUUCCAACGCACACUAAGUUCAUUGCGGCGGGAUCGGAAAUCGAAAACAUAUAGAUGUGUCGAAUAUCGAUGGGAAAAAGUACUAGCACGGCGAAGAGUGCAGCUUUUUGAUAUAAGAAAAUGAAUAAAGUAUAAAUAUGACGAAAAAAAGUCUGGAAAGCAGCAAAAAGAAGUAUAACUCAAUAGCGUACGUUUUCCCUGACUUGUGUCUAUGUCUAUCCCCCCAUUCCGUACUAUUUUAUUCGCAUUCAAUGAAUAUUUAAUAUUUACUGAAAAAAGAGAAUAUAUGAGUUAAUCGAUAAAAUAGCUUUUUACUUUGACUUAUUG